GCCCGCACCGCCCGGCCGCCGCGAUGUGCGACUGUUUCCACAUGGUGCUGCCCACCUGGCCCGGAGCCCCCGGCAGCGUGUCUGGCCGGCAGCUGCAGUCUGAGGACCCAGAUGCAGAAACGGAAGAGGACCCCUCUGUGACCGAAGGGCCGGUGGACGAGAUCGUCCGGCCGAGGCCACAGGGGUCCUCGCCGGUCUACGAAUGCACUGCUGAGGGUGCCGGCUUUGGACUCCCGGGGGAGGACACAAGGAGAAGGCGGGCUUCCUCGGGCUCGGGGGGUCGGAGGUCCUGGUGGAAGCGAGACUCGGGAGACGCUCGAACGUUUUCCAGGAUGAGUCGUCGGCAGUCCGUGCAGGAGGCGACAGAGGUGACGCUGAGGACUGACGUGGAGGCGGGAGCCAGCGGCUACAGCGUCACAGGGGGCGGGGACCGAGGGAUUUUCGUCAAGCAAGUGCUGAAGGACUCCUCCGCCGCCAAGCUCUUCAGCCUAAGAGAAGGUGAUCAGCUGCUCAGUGCAACCAUAUUCUUUGACAACAUUAAAUAUGAAGACGCUCUCAAAAUUCUUCAGUACUCAGAGCCUUACAAGGUUCAAUUCCAAGUCAGACGGAAACGUCCUGCCGCAGGGGAUGAGGAAGGGGUCUCCGGUGGCGCUCAGCCCGGCCGCGAGGACCGUGAGACGCAGGACAAAGAUGUCGCCGACGGGUGCACAGAGACCCCCUCGAAGACUGUGGAAGGAAGUGGAGACAAGGAGAGACUGAUCUCCAAGCCCAGGGAGGGCAGGGGCAGGCCGUCCCAAAACGAGAGGCUCUCCUGGCCCAAAUUCCAGUCAAUAAAGACCAAGCCCAGGUCAGGGCCGCGGAGGUCACACAGCUCUUCAGAGGCCUGUGAGCGAGGACACCCACCCGACAUGUCCCCCACGAGCACAGACACAGAGGCCCAGCUCCCAACAGAGGAGCAGGAGCAGAAGGCAGGACCGGACGGCCAGCGGAGGAGAAGGUUCCUGAACCUGCGAUUCAGAGUGGGCUCAGGGAAGGGUCCAACACCGGGGGCGAGGCCGAGCACAGAGGUCCAGUCCGGGGUCCUAGAGGAGGCAGCAUCCUGGGAUGACAGCCAAGAGGGCGCCAAGGCCAGCACAGACAGGACGGUGGAGGGACCAGAGGGGACAUCAGCUCUCACUGCCCAGCAACCCGUGGAGCCAGGCCGCCCCAGCGAGGGAGCCUUGGGGGACGGGGCCAGCGUGGCACCCAGGCGCCGAAGAAAGACAAAGGAAGUGAAGGACCAGGUCGACUCUGUGUCAGAUGGGAAACCCGGGAUGGACUCAGGCCCAAAGCCUGGUGGAGACGGCCACAGAGUAGCCGUCCAGGGCACAGUAACUGGGAUUGCCACCUCGGCUCUGCAAGGCAAAGUGGACACACAGGGCCGCCAGCCGGAGUUCCAAAUCCAAAUACCCGAUGUCAAAACGCCCAGCUUUGCAUUCUGCAAAGAAACACUGCCAGACAGAGAGGCGGGCACAGCAGCACGACUGCAGGGACCCAGACACGGAGGUCCUACAGCAGAGGCCACGGGCAUGAAAGAGUGGCCUGACCACAGACCGGGGCCACAGGUGGCCGGAGAGCCUGCAGGGCCCCUGACAGAACGGGAGGAAGGAGGAGCAGAGGGAGCUGAGGCAGGGCACGGAGAGGCACACGCCGAAGACGGGGACACACACGCACAGGGCAGACAGGAGAGGAAAACUAGGUUCAAAUUCAAAACACCCUCAUUCGGGUGGUCUCCGGGAAAGGACAUAAAAUCAGGUCAGGAACAGGACAGAGAAAUGGAGAGCACGCUCACCAUUCUGACCGCACAGACAGGUGCCAGAGUCAAACAGUCAGAACGCGAAAAAACAAAAUUACACACAACUGAGCUAGACUCAGGAGCCACAGAGGGAGAAACAGAGGGUGUUCAGACAACUCAAGCCGAUGUUACUCUGGGAGAAAGGGAGGUGGCCGCCAGAGACAGCAAGUUCAAAAUGCCCAAGUUCAAGAUGCCAUCCUUUGGUGCCUCGGCGCCAAGCAAGUCCUUGGAGGCCGCGGUGGACGUGUCCCUGCCCAAGAUCCAGGCGGAAGUGUCCCUGCCCUCCAUGGAAGCUGAGGUCAAGUCCAGUGAUGUGACCGUUGAGCUGCCAUCUGCCGACCUAGAGGUCAAGACUGCCAUGGUGGGCAUGAAGCUUCCAGAAGGCCAAAUCCCUGAAGGGGAGCUCCAGGAACCCUCGGCAGGAGCCGGAGUCAAAGGGCACCUGCCCAAGGUGCACAUGCCCAGCAUGAAGAUGCCCAAAGUGGACUUUAAGGCCCCCCAGGUGGACAUCAAGGCACCCAAGUUGGACAUCAAAGGACCCAAGGUGGAUCUGAAGGGCCCCAAAGGGGAGGUGAGCGCCCCUGACGUGGAAGUGACCCUGCCCAGUGUGCAGAUGGACGUCCAGGGACCCACUGCCAAGCUGGAGGGUGACGUUACCCUGGGAGACAAGGAGGUGGCCGCUAGAGACAGCAAGUUCAAAAUGCCCAAGUUCAAGAUGCCUUCCUUGGGUGCCUCAGCGCCAAGCAAGUCCUUGGAGGCCGCGGUGGACGUGUCCGUGCCCAAGAUCCAGGCGGAAGUGUCCCUGCCUUCCAUGGAAGCUGAGGUCAAGACCAGUGAUGUGACCGUUGAGCUGCCAUCUGCUGACCUAGAACUCAAGACUUCCACGGUGGGCCAGAAGCUCCCUGAUGUUCAGGUGCCCGAGGGAGAGCUCCAGGAGCCCUCAGCAGGAGCCGGGUUCAAAGGGCACCUGCCCAAGGUGCACAUGCCCAGCAUCAAGAUGCCCAAAGUGGACAUCAAAGCCCCCCAGGUGGACAUCAAGGGGCCCAAGGUGGAUAUCAAAGGACCCAAAGGGGAGGUGAGCGUCCCUGACGUGGAUGUGACCCUGCCCAGCGUGGAGAUGGAUGUCCAGGCACCCACCGCCAAGUUGGAGGGUGACGUUACCCUGGGAGACAAGGAGGUGACCGCUAGAGACAGCAAGUUCAAAAUGCCCAAGUUCAAGAUGCCAUCCUUCGGUGCCUCGGCGCCAAGCAAGUCCUUGGAGGCCGCGGUGGACGUGUCCCUGCCCAAGAUCCAGGCGGAAGUGUCCCUGCCCUCCCUGGAAGCUGAGGUCAAGACCAGUGACGUGACCGUUGAGCUGCCAUCUGCCGACCUAGAGGUCAAGACUGCCAUGGUGGGCAUGAAGCUUCCAGAAGGCCAAAUCCCUGAAGGGGAGCUCCAGGAACCCUCGGCAGGAGCCGGAGUCAAAGGGCACCUGCCCAAGGUGCACAUGCCCAGCAUGAAGAUGCCCAAAGUGGACUUUAAGGCCCCCCAGGUGGACAUCAAGGCACCCAAGUUGGACAUCAAAGGACCCAAGGUGGAUCUGAAGGGCCCCAAAGGGGAGGUGAGCACCCCUGACGUGGAAGUGACCCUGCCCAGUGUGCAGAUGGACGUCCAGGGACCCACUGCCAAGCUGGAGGGUGACGUUACCCUGGGAGACAAGGAGGUGGCCGCUAGAGACAGCAAGUUCAAAAUGCCCAAGUUCAAGAUGCCUUCCUUCGGUGCCUCAGCGCCAAGCAAGUCCUUGGAGGCCGCGGUGGAUGUGUCCGUGCCCAAGAUCCAGGCGGAAGUGUCCCUGCCUUCCAUGGAAGCUGAGGUCAAGACCAGUGAUGUGACCGUUGAGCUGCCAUCUGCUGACCUAGAACUCAAGACUUCCACGGUGGGCCAGAAGCUCCCUGAUGUUCAGGUGCCCGAGGGAGAGCUCCAGGAGCCCUCAGCAGGAGCCGGGUUCAAAGGGCACCUGCCCAAGGUGCACAUGCCCAGCAUCAAGAUGCCCAAAGUGGACAUCAAAGCCCCCCAGGUGGACAUCAAGGGGCCCAAGGUGGAUAUCAAAGGACCCAAAGGGGAGGUGAGCGUCCCUGACGUGGAUGUGACCCUGCCCAGCGUGGAGAUGGAUGUCCAGGCACCCACCGCCAAGUUGGAGGGUGACGUUACCCUGGGAGACAAGGAGGUGACCGCUAGAGACAGCAAGUUCAAAAUGCCCAAGUUCAAGAUGCCAUCCUUCGGUGCCUCGGCGUCAAGCAAGUCCUUGGAGGCCGCGGUGGACGUGUCCCUGCCCAAGAUCCAGGCGGAAGUGUCCCUGCCCUCCCUGGAAGCUGAGGUCAAGUCCAGUGAUGUGACCGUUGAGCUGCCAUCUGCCGACCUAGAGGUCAAGACUGCCAUGGUGGGCAUGAAGAUUCCAGAAGGCCAAAUCCCUGAAGGGGAGCUCCAGGAACCCUCGGCAGGAGCCGGAGUCAAAGGGCACCUGCCCAAGGUGCACAUGCCCAGCAUGAAGAUGCCCAAAGUAGACUUUAAGGCACCCCAAGUGGACAUCAAGGGGCCCAAGGCGGAUCUGAAGGGCCCAAAAGGGGAGGUGAGUGCGCCUGACGUGGAUGUGACCCUGCCCGGCGCAGACGUGGACAUCCAGGCACCCACCGCCAAGUUGGAGGGUGACGUUACCCUGGGAGACAAGGAGGUGACCGCUAGAGACAGCAAGUUCAAAAUGCCCAAGUUCAAGAUGCCAUCCUUCGGUGCCUCGGCGCCAAGCAAGUCCUUGGAGGCCGCGGUGGACGUGUCCCUGCCCAAGAUCCAGGCGGAAGUGUCCCUGCCCUCCCUGGAAGCUGUGGUCAAGACCAGUGACGUGACCGUUGAGCUGCCAUCUGCCGACCUAGAGGUCAAGACUGCCAUGGUGGGCAUGAAGCUUCCAGAAGGCCAAAUCCCUGAAGGGGAGCUCCAGGAACCCUCGACAGGAGCCGGAGUCAAAGGGCACAUGCCCAAGGUGCACAUGCCCAGCAUGAAGAUGCCCAAAGUGGACUUUAAGGCCCCCCAGGUGGACAUCAAGGCACCCAAGUUGGACAUCAAAGGACCCAAGGUGGAUCUGAAGGGCCCCAAAGGGGAGGUGAGCGCCCCUGACGUGGAAGUGACCCUGCCCAGUGUGCAGAUGGACGUCCAGGGACCCACUGCCAAGCUGGAGGGUGACGUUACCCUGGGAGACAAGGAGGUGGCCGCUAGAGACAGCAAGUUCAAAAUGCCCAAGUUCAAGAUGCCUUCCUUCGGUGCCUCAGUGCCAAGCAAGUCCUUGGAGGCCGCGGUGGAUGUGUCCGUGCCCAAGAUCCAGGCGGAAGUGUCCCUGCCUUCCAUGGAAGCUGAGGUCAAGACCAGUGAUGUGACCGUUGAGCUGCCAUCUGCUGACCUAGAACUCAAGACUUCCACGGUGGGCCAGAAGCUCCCUGAUGUUCAGGUGCCCGAGGGAGAGCUCCAGGAGCCCUCAGCAGGAGCCGGGUUCAAAGGGCACCUGCCCAAGGUGCACAUGCCCAGCAUCAAGAUGCCCAAAGUGGACAUCAAAGCCCCCCAGGUGGACAUCAAGGGGCCCAAGGUGGAUAUCAAAGGACCCAAAGGGGAGGUGAGCGUCCCUGACGUGGAUGUGACCCUGCCCAGCGUGGAGAUGGAUGUCCAGGCACCCACCGCCAAGUUGGAGGGUGACGUUACCCUGGGAGACAAGGAGGUGACCGCUAGAGACAGCAAGUUCAAAAUGCCCAAGUUCAAGAUGCCAUCCUUCGGUGCCUCGGCGCCAAGCAAGUCCUUGGAGGCCGCGGUGGACGUGUCCCUGCCCAAGAUCCAGGCGGAAGUGUCCCUGCCCUCCCUGGAAGCUGAGGUCAAGACCAGUGACGUGACCGUUGAGCUGCCAUCUGCCGACCUAGAGGUCAAGACUGCCAUGGUGGGCAUGAAGCUUCCAGAAGGCCAAAUCCCUGAAGGGGAGCUCCAGGAACCCUCGGCAGGAGCCGGAGUCAAAGGGCACCUGCCCAAGGUGCACAUGCCCAGCAUGAAGAUGCCCAAAGUGGACUUUAAGGCACCCCAAGUGGACAUCAAGGCACCCAAGUUGGACAUCAAAGGACCCAAGGUGGAUCUGAAGGGCCCCAAAGGGGAGGUGAGCACCCCUGACGUGGAAGUGACCCUGCCCAGUGUGCAGAUGGACGUCCAGGGACCCACUGCCAAGCUGGAGGGUGACGUUACCCUGGGAGACAAGGAGGUGGCCGCUAGAGACAGCAAGUUCAAAAUGCCCAAGUUCAAGAUGCCUUCCUUCGGUGCCUCAGCGCCAAGCAAGUCCUUGGAGGCCGCGGUGGAUGUGUCCGUGCCCAAGAUCCAGGCGGAAGUGUCCCUGCCUUCCAUGGAAGCUGAGGUCAAGACCAGUGAUGUGACCGUUGAGCUGCCAUCUGCUGACCUAGAACUCAAGACUUCCACGGUGGGCCAGAAGCUCCCUGAUGUUCAGGUGCCCGAGGGAGAGCUCCAGGAGCCCUCAGCAGGAGCCGGGUUCAAAGGGCACCUGCCCAAGGUGCACAUGCCCAGCAUCAAGAUGCCCAAAGUGGACAUCAAAGCCCCCCAGGUGGACAUCAAGGGGCCCAAGGUGGAUAUCAAAGGACCCAAAGGGGAGGUGAGCGUCCCUGACGUGGAUGUGACCCUGCCCAGCGUGGAGAUGGAUGUCCAGGCACCCACCGCCAAGUUGGAGGGUGACGUUACCCUGGGAGACAAGGAGGUGACCGCUAGAGACAGCAAGUUCAAAAUGCCCAAGUUCAAGAUGCCAUCCUUCGGUGCCUCGGCGUCAAGCAAGUCCUUGGAGGCCGCGGUGGACGUGUCCCUGCCCAAGAUCCAGGCGGAAGUGUCCCUGCCCUCCCUGGAAGCUGAGGUCAAGUCCAGUGAUGUGACCGUUGAGCUGCCAUCUGCCGACCUAGAGGUCAAGACUGCCAUGGUGGGCAUGAAGAUUCCAGAAGGCCAAAUCCCUGAAGGGGAGCUCCAGGAACCCUCGGCAGGAGCCGGAGUCAAAGGGCACCUGCCCAAGGUGCACAUGCCCAGCAUGAAGAUGCCCAAAUUCGACAUGAAGGCCCCCCAGGUGGACAUCAAGGGGCCCAAGGCGGAUCUGAAGGGCCCAAAAGGGGAGGUGAGUGCGCCUGACGUGGAUGUGACCCUGCCCGGCGCAGACGUGGACAUCCAGGCACCCACCGCCAAGUUGGAGGGUGACGUUACCCUGGGAGACAAGGAGGUGACCGCUAGAGACAGCAAGUUCAAAAUGCCCAAGUUCAAGAUGCCAUCCUUCGGUGCCUCGGCGCCAAGCAAGUCCUUGGAGGCCGCGGUGGACGUGUCCCUGCCCAAGAUCCAGGCGGAAGUGUCCCUGCCCUCCAUGGAAGCUGAGGUCAAGUCCAGUGAUGUGACCGUUGAGCUGCCAUCUGCCGACCUAGAGGUCAAGACUGCCAUGGUGGGCAUGAAGCUUCCAGAAGGCCAAAUCCCUGAAGGGGAGCUCCAGGAACCCUCGACAGGAGCCGGAGUCAAAGGGCACAUGCCCAAGGUGCACAUGCCCAGCAUGAAGAUGCCCAAAGUGGACUUUAAGGCCCCCCAGGUGGACAUCAAGGCACCCAAGUUGGACAUCAAAGGACCCAAGGUGGAUCUGAAGGGCCCCAAAGGGGAGGUGAGCGCCCCUGACGUGGAAGUGACCCUGCCCAGUGUGCAGAUGGACGUCCAGGGACCCACUGCCAAGCUGGAGGGUGACGUUACCCUGGGAGACAAGGAGGUGGCCGCUAGAGACAGCAAGUUCAAAAUGCCCAAGUUCAAGAUGCCUUCCUUCGGUGCCUCAGCGCCAAGCAAGUCCUUGGAGGCCGCGGUGGACGUGUCCGUGCCCAAGAUCCAGGCGGAAGUGUCCCUGCCUUCCAUGGAAGCUGAGGUCAAGACCAGUGAUGUGACCGUUGAGCUGCCAUCUGCUGACCUAGAACUCAAGACUUCCACGGUGGGCCAGAAGCUCCCUGAUGUUCAGGUGCCCGAGGGAGAGCUCCAGGAGCCCUCAGCAGGAGCCGGGUUCAAAGGGCACCUGCCCAAGGUGCACAUGCCCAGCAUCAAGAUGCCCAAAGUGGACAUCAAAGCCCCCCAGGUGGACAUCAAGGGGCCCAAGGUGGAUAUCAAAGGACCCAAAGGGGAGGUGAGCGUCCCUGACGUGGAUGUGACCCUGCCCAGCGUGGAGAUGGAUGUCCAGGCACCCACCGCCAAGUUGGAGGGUGACGUUACCCUGGGAGACAAGGAGGUGACCGCUAGAGACAGCAAGUUCAAAAUGCCCAAGUUCAAGAUGCCAUCCUUCGGUGCCUCGGCGCCAAGCAAGUCCUUGGAGGCCGCGGUGGACGUGUCCCUGCCCAAGAUCCAGGCGGAAGUGUCCCUGCCCUCCCUGGAAGCUGAGGUCAAGACCAGUGACGUGACCGUUGAGCUGCCAUCUGCCGACCUAGAGGUCAAGACUGCCAUGGUGGGCAUGAAGCUUCCAGAAGGCCAAAUCCCUGAAGGGGAGCUCCAGGAACCCUCGGCAGGAGCCGGAGUCAAAGGGCACCUGCCCAAGGUGCACAUGCCCAGCAUGAAGAUGCCCAAAGUGGACUUUAAGGCACCCCAAGUGGACAUCAAGGGGCCCAAGUUCGACAUGAAGGCCCCCCAGGUGGACAUCAAGGCACCCAAGUUGGACAUCAAAGGACCCAAGGUGGAUCUGAAGGGCCCCAAAGGGGAGGUGAGCGCCCCUGACGUGGAAGUGACCCUGCCCAGUGUGCAGAUGGACGUCCAGGGACCCACUGCCAAGCUGGAGGGUGACGUUACCCUGGGAGACAAGGAGGUGGCCGCUAGAGACAGCAAGUUCAAAAUGCCCAAGUUCAAGAUGCCUUCCUUCGGUGCCUCAGCGCCAAGCAAGUCCUUGGAGGCCGCGGUGGAUGUGUCCGUGCCCAAGAUCCAGGCGGAAGUGUCCCUGCCUUCCAUGGAAGCUGAGGUCAAGACCAGUGAUGUGACCGUUGAGCUGCCAUCUGCUGACCUAGAACUCAAGGCUUCCACGGUGGGCCAGAAGCUCCCUGAUGUUCAGGUGCCCGAGGGAGAGCUCCAGGAGCCCUCAGCAGGAGCCGGGUUCAAAGGGCACCUGCCCAAGGUGCACAUGCCCAGCAUCAAGAUGCCCAAAGUGGACAUCAAAGCCCCCCAGGUGGACAUUAAGGGGCCCAAGGUGGAUAUCAAAGGACCCAAAGGGGAGGUGAGCGUCCCUGACGUGGAUGUGACCCUGCCCAGCGUGGAGAUGGAUGUCCAGGCACCCACCGCCAAGUUGGAGGGUGACGUUACCCUGGGAGACAAGGAGGUGACCGCUAGAGACAGCAAGUUCAAAAUGCCCAAGUUCAAGAUGCCAUCCUUCGGUGCCUCGGCACCAAGCAAGUCCUUGGAGGCCGCGGUGGACGUGUCCCUGCCCAAGAUCCAGGCGGAAGUGUCCCUGCCCUCCAUGGAAGCUGAGGUCAAGUCCAGUGAUGUGACCGUUGAGCUGCCAUCUGCCGACCUAGAGGUCAAGACUGCCAUGGUGGGCAUGAAGCUUCCAGAAGGCCAAAUCCCUGAAGGGGAGCUCCAGGAACCCUCGGCAGGAGCCGGAGUCAAAGGGCACCUGCCCAAGGUGCACAUGCCCAGCAUGAAGAUGCCCAAAGUGGACUUUAAGGCACCCCAGGUGGACAUCAAGGGGCCCAAGUUCGACAUGAAGGCCCCCCAGGUGGACAUCAAGGGGCCCAAGGCGGACCUGAAGGGCCCAAAAGGGGAGGUGAGUGCGCCUGACGUGGAUGUGACCCUGCCCGGCGCAGACGUGGACGUCCAGGCACCCACCGCCAAGUUGGAGGGUGACGUUACCCUGGGAGACAAGGAGGUGACCGCUAGAGACAGCAAGUUCAAAAUGCCCAAGUUCAAGAUGCCAUCCUUCGGUGCCUCGGCGCCAAGCAAGUCCUUGGAGGCCGCGGUGGACGUGUCCCUGCCCAAGAUCCAGGCGGAAGUGUCCCUGCCCUCCCUGGAAGCUGUGGUCAAGACCAGUGACGUGACCGUUGAGCUGCCAUCUGCCGACCUAGAGGUCAAGACUGCCAUGGUGGGCAUGAAGCUUCCAGAAGGCCAAAUCCCUGAAGGGGAGCUCCAGGAACCCUCGGCAGGAGCCGGAGUCAAAGGGCACCUGCCCAAGGUGCACAUGCCCAGCAUGAAGAUGCCCAAAGUGGACUUUAAGGCCCCCCAGGUGGACAUCAAGGCACCCAAGUUGGACAUCAAAGGACCCAAGGUGGAUCUGAAGGGCCCCAAAGGGGAGGUGAGCGCCCCUGACGUGGAAGUGACCCUGCCCAGUGUGCAGAUGGACGUCCAGGGACCCACUGCCAAGCUGGAGGGUGACGUUACCCUGGGAGACAAGGAGGUGGCCGCUAGAGACAGCAAGUUCAAAAUGCCCAAGUUCAAGAUGCCUUCCUUCGGUGCCUCAGCGCCAAGCAAGUCCUUGGAGGCCGCGGUGGAUGUGUCCGUGCCCAAGAUCCAGGCGGAAGUGUCCCUGCCUUCCAUGGAAGCUGAGGUCAAGACCAGUGAUGUGACCGUUGAGCUGCCAUCUGCUGACCUAGAACUCAAGACUUCCACGGUGGGCCAGAAGCUCCCUGAUGUUCAGGUGCCCGAGGGAGAGCUCCAGGAGCCCUCAGCAGGAGCCGGGUUCAAAGGGCACCUGCCCAAGGUGCACAUGCCCAGCAUCAAGAUGCCCAAAGUGGACAUCAAAGCCCCCCAGGUGGACAUCAAGGGGCCCAAGGUGGAUAUCAAAGGACCCAAAGGGGAGGUGAGCGUCCCUGACGUGGAUGUGACCCUGCCCAGCGUGGAGAUGGAUGUCCAGGCACCCACCGCCAAGUUGGAGGGUGACGUUACCCUGGGAGACAAGGAGGUGACCGCUAGAGACAGCAAGUUCAAAAUGCCCAAGUUCAAGAUGCCAUCCUUCGGUGCCUCGGCACCAAGCAAGUCCUUGGAGGCCGCGGUGGACGUGUCCCUGCCCAAGAUCCAGGCGGAAGUGUCCCUGCCCUCCAUGGAAGCUGAGGUCAAGUCCAGUGACGUGACCGUUGAGCUGCCAUCUGCCGACCUAGAGGCCAAGACUGCCAUGGUGGGCAUGAAGCUUCCAGAAGGCCAAAUCCCUGAAGGGGAGCUCCAGGAACCCUCGGCAGGAGCCGGAGUCAAAGGGCACCUGCCCAAGGUGCACAUGCCCAGCAUGAAGAUGCCCAAAGUGGACUUUAAGGCACCCCAAGUGGACAUCAAGGGGCCCAAGUUCGACAUGAAGGCCCCCCAGGUGGACAUAAAGGGGCCCAAGGCGGACCUGAAGGGCCCAAAAGGGGAGGUGAGUGCGCCUGACGUGGAUGUGACCCUGCCCGGCGCAGACGUGGACGUCCAGGCACCCACCGCCAAGUUGGAGGGUGACGUUACCCUGGGAGACAAGGAGGUGACCGCUAGAGACAGCAAGUUCAAAAUGCCCAAGUUCAAGAUGCCAUCCUUCGGUGCCUCGGCGCCAAGCAAGUCCUUGGAGGCCGCGGUGGACGUGUCCCUGCCCAAGAUCCAGGCGGAAGUGUCCCUGCCCUCCAUGGAAGCUGAGGUCAAGUCCAGUGAUGUGACCGUUGAGCUGCCAUCUGCCGACCUAGAGGUCAAGACUGCCAUGGUGGGCAUGAAGCUUCCAGAAGGCCAAAUCCCUGAAGGGGAGCUCCAGGAACCCUCGGCAGGAGCCGGAGUCAAAGGGCACCUGCCCAAGGUGCACAUGCCCAGCAUGAAGAUGCCCAAAGUGGACUUUAAGGCCCCCCAGGUGGACAUCAAGGCACCCAAGUUGGACAUCAAAGGACCCAAGGUGGAUCUGAAGGGCCCCAAAGGGGAGGUGAGCGCCCCUGACGUGGAAGUGACCCUGCCCAGUGUGCAGAUGGACGUCCAGGGACCCACUGCCAAGCUGGAGGGUGACGUUACCCUGGGAGACAAGGAGGUGGCCGCUAGAGACAGCAAGUUCAAAAUGCCCAAGUUCAAGAUGCCUUCCUUCGGUGCCUCAGCGCCAAGCAAGUCCUUGGAGGCCGCUGUGGACGUGUCCGUGCCCAAGAUCCAGGCGGAAGUGUCCCUGCCUUCCAUGGAAGCUGAGGUCAAGACCAGUGAUGUGACCGUUGAGCUGCCAUCUGCUGACCUAGAACUCAAGACUUCCACGGUGGGCCAGAAGCUCCCUGAUGUUCAGGUGCCCGAGGGAGAGCUCCAGGAGCCCUCAGCAGGAGCCGGGUUCAAAGGGCACCUGCCCAAGGUGCACAUGCCCAGCAUCAAGAUGCCCAAAGUGGACAUCAAAGCCCCCCAGGUGGACAUCAAGGGGCCCAAGGUGGAUAUCAAAGGACCCAAAGGGGAGGUGAGCGUCCCUGACGUGGAUGUGACCCUGCCCAGCGUGGAGAUGGAUGUCCAGGCACCCACCGCCAAGUUGGAGGGUGACGUUACCCUGGGAGACAAGGAGGUGACCGCUAGAGACAGCAAGUUCAAAAUGCCCAAGUUCAAGAUGCCAUCCUUCGGUGCCUCGGCGCCAAGCAAGUCCUUGGAGGCUGCGGUGGACGUGUCCCUGCCCAAGAUCCAGGCGGAAGUGUCCCUGCCCUCCCUGGAAGCUGAGGUCAAGUCCAGUGAUGUGACCGUUGAGCUGCCAUCUGCCGACCUAGAGGCCAAGACUGCCAUGGUGGGCAUGAAGCUUCCAGAAGGCCAAAUCCCUGAAGGGGAGCUCCAGGAACCUUCGGCAGGAGCCGGAGUCAAAGGGCACCUGCCCAAGGUGCACAUGCCCAGCAUGAAGAUGCCCAAAGUGGACUUUAAGGCACCCCAAUUGGACAUCAAAGGACCCAAGAUGGAUCUGAAGGGCCCCAAAGGGGAGGUGAGCGCCCCUGACGUGGAAGUGACCCUGCCCAGUGUGCAGAUGGACGUCCAGGGACCCACCGCCAAGCUGGAGGGUGACGUUACCCUGGGAGACAAGGAGGUGGCCGCUAGAGACAGCAAGUUCAAAAUGCCCAAGUUCAAGAUGCCUUCCUUCGGUGCCUCAGCGCCAAGCAAGUCCUUGGAGGCCGCGGUGGACGUGUCCGUGCCCAAGAUCCAGGCGGAAGUGUCCCUGCCUUCCAUGGAAGCUGAGGUCAAGACCAGUGAUGUGACCGUUGAGCUGCCAUCCGCUGACCUGGAACUCAAGACUGCCAUGGUAGCCGACAAGCUCCCGGAGAUUGAAAUCCCCGAGGGGGACCUCCAGGAACCCUCGGCAGGAGCCAGACUCAAAGGGCACGUGCCCAAGGUGCACAUGCCCAGCGUGAAGAUGCCCAUAGUGGACCUUAAGGCUCCCCAGGUGGACAUCAAGGGCCCCAAGUUGGACGUGAAGACCGCCGAAGUGGAGUUGAGCAACCCUGACAUGGAUGUGACCCUGCCCAGCGUGGACGUGGACGCCCGGUCACCCAGGACUAAGUCAGAUGUGGAUAUGUCCUCUCGGAACCUGGAACUGUUUUCUAAAGGAAGCAAGUUGAAGGUUCCUAAAAUCAACAUUUCUUCUUCUGGUCACCCCAGUAGUAAGUCCUCUCUGGUCUCUCCACCUGUUGAGGGAAUUGCCAAAGAUGUUGACCUCAGUCCUUCCUCCGGCCCCAUGCAUCCCGUCGUACGUGCUCGUGAUGAGGGUGCCGUCACAGUCAAAGGUGACGUAGGUCUCUCAAUUGGGAAAGAUGGAGGUCGAAGCAAAAGCAAAAAAUCCCAUUUUAAACUCCCCAAAGUCUUUUCUCCACCUGGGAAAACCCCUAAAGUGUUCUUAGCUUUUGGAGGAGAUGUUGCCAUGCGUUCGCCUCCGAGUGAGUCUGCCCACGGCGGGUCCCCCGGGCUGUCCAGUACUUCUGAAACUUCCCUGCCGGAGUCCCGGCCCGGCUGGCUCAGUGGUCCCCGUGGGGAUUCCUCUAGCCUCAUUCCCGGUGAGGACGUCACACUUACAAAGUACCAGGUGACCAUCCCCCGUGACCCCGCCUCCCCCGAGCUGCCCUGUGUAGACCUGUCUGGGUCCCAGGCGGAGUCUCAGUUGCCCAGCGUGGCCGGUGCCGUGGACUCCCCAUCCAGCGAGAAUAUUCUGCUGUCCCGGCCUGAUGGCCACAGUGGCCCAGUGCACACCGUAUUUCCUGAAUCUUAUGGCCGCGUGACUUUUCCUAAAUUUCAUCGACCAAAGUUCCACCUGUCAUCCCCCCAAUCAGCAGCUGGCAUGGCGGAGCCCGGAGCUGCAGAGGGUGUCCCCGCCCUGUCCCCUCCCCUCCCUGAGUGGGGACCGCACUCCUCGGCCAGGGAAGCCACGGGGUUCCCCUGGCCGGGCAGUCAGUUGCCGUCUGCAGGUGUCUGUGUGUCCACGGUGGCAGAGGGACAUGUGGGCACCGCGGGGACAUCAGCAGUGGCUGGAGGGGAAGCCCCAGCCGGAGACGCGGAGCCUGAGGGCAGGGGCGGUCCUGUGAGAGCACCAAGAGUCAAGCUUCCCUCUUUCCGCUGGUCCCCAAAAAAGGGGGCGGAGUCCAAGGCAGCCCCUGGAGCCGCCCCGCCACCGGGGGUUUCCCUGCCACCAACAGCAGCAGGUGAGGAUGUGAGUCUUGGGCAGGAGGGAGAGAAGGGGGUGGUCAGAGCACCCGCCCUCGCCCUACUGAAGGUCUCACCUCCCACAGUGACGGCGUCCACAGGAGGGGCCGGCGGAAGUGGCGGGGGCGGGGGUGCAGGUUCAGCAGCUGGGCCCCCAGAAGGAGCGGACGUGACCCUCCACCCCGCACGGGCCCACGCUCCCGGUGCCCGCUUCGUCGAAGACGCGCUCAGACCCGCCGAGGCCCCGCCGGAGGCGAGCCUGUCCACCCGUGGCCCGUCCCUUGGAGACAGCAGCAGAGAGCACGGUCUCGGGGACAGCUCGCAAAGCCAGCUUUGUGGGGAGGUGAUGGCCCCCGCAACAGAGGUCCCCCUGCAGCCGUCCCGGACAACCCCAGAUGCAGCCUCCCCCACGGAGGGGAGCCCAGCGCGGGAGGCGCCAGCGGGAGUCACCCCGGCCGGCCCCAGGGACAGCUGGUUUAGAAUGCCCGCGCUGCGUCUGCCCAGCUUCAGGCGCCCCUCCAAGGAGAGCCCUGGGUCUGCAGGGCUGGGGGCUCGGGGGCCCGCGCCUGCCACCAGUGCGCCAGGGGAGGGACAGGCACCGACCACAGUCUGGAGUCAGGGUGUCCCUGUUCCUGAGUCCGAGGAGGAGACAACUAAGUGCCCGCGGCCGCUGGAGGCCGGUGCCGACGUGGGAGCCACUGGCAUCGAGGCUUCUCACACAGAUGUUCCGCAGAGGAAUCGAGACCUUCAGGCCCCUGCUGCCGGCAUGUCCACUCCCGAGGUCAGGGUCCGGCCAGGCGCAGGCUCCCUGCCCCUCCGGGUGUGCGGGACGCUCGCAGAGCCCCACGGGCCUCCAGGAGAAGCAGGCCAGCACCCCCUUGCCGGGACCGCAGCAGCGCAGGGCCCGGCCGGGGGCCCUGAGGAGCCGCCUCCCCAGCCCGAAGGCCCCCUCAGACUGAGGGCCUCCAGUACCGACGUGCCGUCCCAGGUUUCCGUGGUCAACGUGGGUCAAGUCUGGGAGGACUCUGUGCUCACUGUCCAGUUCCCCAAGUUAAAGGUUCCGAGGUUCAGCUUCCCAGCCCCCGGUGCGGAGGCUGACGUUUUCGUGCCCCGUGUCAGAGAGCUGCCGUCCCCACAGAGCCAUCCUGACACCGCCCUGCUCGGGCAAAGCGCCGGCGCCCGGGACGCCGGCGUCCUGAAGGCGCCCGAGGCCGUCUCCUCAGAAGCCGCCCCCAUCUGUAAGGUCAGGGUGCACAUUCAGAGCGCAGAGGCCGAGAGCAGGCAGGUCACCGUACAAAGCACGGUGACAGCCAUGUACACGGAGCUCUCGGAACCCGAGGCUCUUCCCGCCCGGAUCGUGCGGGAGUCAGAGGUCCCUGCGUCAGAGGCCCAAACGCCUACCUACGGGUUCUCCUUACUAAAGGGGAGGGUCCCUGAGCCCACCGCUCGGUCGCAGGCACACGUGGUGACUGCGGACCCUGGGCCAAGAGGGCGCCUUCACCAGCCAGCCCCGGGAGCAGGACCUGUUUCUGGAGACCCGCAGCCUGACACCGGAGAGCCCUUUGAAAUUCUCUCUCCCGAUGGAGACGUGCCGGGAAUGCCAGUCUGCUCUUCUGACGUCCACUCUGGCCAUGGGCGGGCAGACAGCUGUUCUGACGAGGAGCCCGCGGAAAUUCUCGAGUUCCCGCCGGAAGAGGGCCGGGAGGCGGCGGCUGCCCUGGCAGAGGAGGACGGGGCCCCCAGAGCAAAAGCAGAAGGUAAAAGGUCCUCCGGCCUGUUCCGGUUUUGGCUCCCCAGCAUCGGGUUUUCUUCCUCUGUCGCCGAGGCCGGCGCUGACCCCCAGGCCGAAGCCCCGAGACCCGCUCCGGUCCAGACGCAGCCCGAGGCGCGGCCGCCGCACCCGCAGGAGAGAGCGGGCUGGUUUCGAUUGCCCAGGUUGGGCUUCUCCUCGUCUCCCACCAAGAAAAGCAAGAGCGCGGAGGCGGAGGCGGGUGCGGCCGAGCAGCACCUCCAGGAAGAGGCAGGCACCUUCUUUGACGCCCGAGAAAGCUUCUCCCCCGAGGAGCAGGAAGAGGGGGGGUCGGCGGAGGCCGCGGGCUCCGGGGCGAUGGUGGCCUCCGCGGCGAGAACCGAGCUGAUCCUGCUGGACGGGGACGGAGCCGCCAGCCGGGCCCCGGAGCCCAGGCCCGGCAGCGAAUGA